GUCAGAUGCCUGACACAGAAAUACCUCAGCAACCAUGGAAGAGGGAGUGUUCUAAGAGGUACUUACAGAGGCGGAUGUGACUGGGGUGAAGUGAGUGAGCACGAGAUGAUGACGAAGAGAUGGAAACAGACGAAAUGCGUAAUAGAAAGAAUCCAGCUGAAGAGUCAGCAGAUGAUUCUCCAGGGAACGGACUUCCUGUUAUAGAAUUGUCAUGGCCUCAGGGAGGAAGACAAAAGAAGAGAAGGGGCAAGGAGAUUCUGCACAGAUGUAUGGAAGAGAUGAGAAGGGGAAGAAGCUCAGAAAGGAGAGGGCUCCUCAGGGGUAGUGAGGCCACCAUGGCUCAGGAGAAGUCUCUCAUCCUGUUCCCACUGCUGGUCCUGGUGCUGCUGGUGCUGGGGUGUGUCCAGCUUUCCCUCGGCAAGGAAUCACCCGCCAUGAAGUUUGAGCGGCAGCACAUGGACUCAGGCAGCACCUCCAGCAGUAACUCCACUUACUGCAACCAAAUGAUGAAGCGACGGAAUAUGACACAGGGAUGGUGCAAGCCCGUGAACACCUUUGUGCAUGAGCCCCUGGCAGAUGUCCAGGCCAUCUGCCUCCAGAAAAACAUAACCUGCAAGAACGGGCAGUCCAACUGCUACCAGAGCAGCUCCAGCAUGCACAUUACAGACUGCCGCCUCACGAGCGGCUCCAAGUACCCUAACUGUGCAUACCGGACCAGCCAGAAAGAGAGACACAUCAUCGUGGCCUGUGAGGGGAACCCGUAUGUGCCAGUCCACUUUGACGCUUCUGUGGAGGUCUCCACUUGAGGCCGGGAGCAGCAGAUGCCCCACCACCUCAUCAUGGUGGCACCUGCCUCUCCCUUCUUCCUUCCUUGCCCUGGGGGAAAUAAUUCAAAUUCCAACUCUCUCUCUUCCCCCCCACCUCACCCCCCACCCCACCAUGUGCUUCCCUGGCCUAAGGCUUGCCCCUGUAGCAGUUUGGGGGUGAGGGGUGGGUUGUGAGGUGGGCCCCAUGUUAACCACUUCACUGCUUCUUUCAAUAAAACACAGUUGCAACCACCUGGA